AUGAUCAAGACUUGGCCUCUGACGCCUCUCUAUCGACGACCAUGGCCCAUAUCAUCAGCUGUUGUGUCACAGCUUGAUCCCUCAAUCCCCAUUGAAGAAGAGAAGACACCAAAUUAUCAUGCUGAUCGAUUCUACUCUGUUUAUCUUGGCCAAGUCCUCAACGGAAGAUAUCAAAUUGCUACAAAGCUAGGUUACGGUGCCAACUCAACGGUAUGGUUGGCUCGGGAUCUGAACCGCUGGCGCUGGUCACGGGAGAAAUAUGUUGCCAUCAAGGUCAAUGCAACCAGCCAGCAUUCAAGACGAGUCCAUACGGAAAACGAACUCGACAUCAUGAGGCACAUUUCUCAAGUGAAUUCUCAACAUAAGGGUUGGUAUUUCAUCAGGAAACUCUUUGACUCUUUUACGCUGGAGGGCACAUCUGGUAUCCACAGCUGUCUCGUCUUAGAGGCUUUGCGUGAACCUCUGUGGCUCUAUCGCAGGAGAUAUAUAGGCGGCGUUAUACCUCCAGAUAUCUUGAAGAUCUUGACGCAAAUGAUCCUGCAUGCACUGGACUUUCUUCAUUCGGAAUGUCGCGUUAUUCAUACAGAUCUCAAACCGGACAAUAUCAUGGUGAAAAUUGAAGAUGCAUCGAUUUUUGAACGAGACGCCAAAGACGAGUUCAACAAUCCGCUGCCGCAAAAGAACCUCGAUACGCGUACCAUCUACCUCUCUCGGAAUAACUAUGGACCACUUUCUAUCCCAACGGGGAUCAUUCAAGUUGUCGACUUUGAUCUCUCCGUUCGGGCGGAGCCAGGUCAAAUACAUAUGGGUGCCAUUCAAGGAAAAAUAUACCGAGCACCAGAGGUGAUACUCAACGCAGGCUAUACAUACUCUGCUGACAUUUGGAGCCUCGGUGUCAUGUUAUGGGACUUACUCGAGGGAAAGGGUCUUUUCAAUCCUACAGCUCCUGACAAGGCUGAUGGAUAUGACGACCAAUCACACCUAGGUCAAAUCGAAGCCUUAAUCGGACCUCCACCCCAGAAUCUACUAUCUAGUGGCCAAAGAACUUCCAUGUUCUACAAACCCAACGGUGAACUCAAAGAUCCUGGCCGCAUACCCAGCGAUUUCAGCUUUGAGAAUACUAUUGGUUUUAUGAGUGGCGAGGAGAAGUUGAGGUUCAUUCGAUUCGUCAAGAGGAUGAUGAAAUGGAGUCCAAAGGAAAGAAAUACUGCAAGAGAGCUACUUGAUGACCCGUGGCUACAUGAAGAUUUCCCACAAGAUUAG